AUGGUACACAUUAUCUUGAAUAAUACAUCUAUUAAAGAUGGUGAAAAUAAUGAUACUUCUUCUGGAACUAUAUUAGAAACAGCUUUGUCAGCAACUGCUCGUUUUUGGGUUUUACUUAUCUUUGAAAUUCCAUCAAUUAUCUGUUGUCUUUUUCUACUUUAUCAUUUAUGUUUCGAUCGAACUCUACGAAAUACAUUAAAUAAUCAUGUAUUUAUUCUUAUUUUGAUUAAUGUACUUCUCUCAGAAAUUAUAGAUAUUCCAAAUUAUCUUACUUUUCUUCGUCUUAACUAUGUAUGGCCUCAAAUACCAAUUAACUGUUAUCUAUGGUGGUAUGCUACCUAUGGUAACUUAUAUACAAUAGGUAUGCUAAUGGCUUGGGCUUCAAUUGAAAGACACAUUUUGAUAUUUCAUUAUCAAUGGUUAAAUACCAAGAUGAAACGUAUUUUAAUUCAUUAUAUUCCGUUGACAACAAUUGCUCUAUAUGCUUGUAUUUUUUAUGCGACUUGUAUUUUUUUUCCAGUUUGUCAACCUACAUUUAAUUACAGUUCAGCUUGGUGUAUAGAUCCAUGUUAUAUUCAAUCCUAUGCUCUCAGUCUAUAUGAUUUAUUAUUCAACAUCACUCUACCGUGUCUUCUAAUUUUGAUUGUUAAUAUAUUAUUGUUUAUUCGUGUAUUCGAGCAGAAACAACGUUUACAUAAAGAAAUACAAUGGCAGAAAUAUAAACGAAUGAUUAUACAAUUAGCUUCAUGUUCAUUAUUGUUUCUUAUUCCUGAAAUACCUACAGUGGGUAUACUGCUCGCUCAGAAAGGUGGUUUGCCAUAUGGUGCAACUGGUCAAUUUGAAUCAUUCGUAUUUUUCUCAUGUUAUUUUAUUGUUCUGUUGAUGCCAUUCAUAUGCUUUGGAUCAUCGAAAGAGAUUUGGACAAAAAUGAAGCUCAUAAUGAGAAGACGACACUUUAAUAAUUUCGUUGUUCCACAAGCAUUAAAACCUUUUAAAUAA